GUUAACGUUACAUGUAUUAGUUUGGAUACUUUUGUUAGCGUACGUCAGUUCUUUUUUACGUCAUUUGACACAAGCUUGCUAGAAAAUGUUGGCUAUGUAAAGCUGCUUUUACUUAUGAAGGAAAGUGAGGUCACCAUCGUGGGGCUGAAACAGGAGGAUAGACUGGAUAAAGAGCAGGAGGAUGCCUGUGGAAAGGACGGAGCACCGCGGAGCCGACGAGCUCUACAAAUAUUAUGAAGUUUAUGAAACCAUCGGAUCAGGAGGCUUUGCCAAAGUCAAGCUGGGUCGACACCUCCAGACAGGAGAGAAGGUUGCCAUUAAAAUCAUGAACAAGAAGGAUCUAGGGGAUGACCUGCCCCGUGUGAAGGUGGAGAUCGAGGCCAUGAGGAACCUGAGCCAUCAGCACGUUUGCCGUCUCUACCAUGUCAUAGAGACCACCACCCAGAUCUUCAUAGUGAUGGAGUACUGUCCAGGUGGCGAGUUGUUUGACUACAUCAUAGCAAAGGACCGUCUGUCAGAGGAGGAGACCCGGGUUUUCUUCAGGCAGAUUGUGUCAGCGAUGGCCUACGUCCACAGCCAGGGAUACGCACACAGGGACCUCAAACCGGAAAACCUAUUGAUCGAUGAAAACCACAACUUGAAGCUCAUAGACUUUGGAUUGUGUGCCAAACCUAAGGGAGGUCUGGGUUAUGAGCUGAUGACGUGUUGUGGCAGCCCUGCCUACGCUGCUCCUGAACUCAUCCAGGGAAAAGCAUACAUUGGUUCAGAGGCUGAUGUGUGGAGCAUGGGAGUGCUGCUGUUCGCUCUGCUCUGUGGAUAUCUACCCUUUGAUGACGACAACUGCGGGAUCCUCUACAGGAAGAUUUCAAGAGGCAAGUAUGAUAACCCCCAUUGGCUGUCUCCAGGAAGUAUCCUCAUCCUCAAUCAGAUGUUGCAGGUGGACCCCAAGCGGCGUAUUACUCUUCGGCAGCUGCUGGACCAUCCCUGGGUGAUGAAAGACUACAACAGCCCCGUGGAGUGGCUUAGCAGAAAGCCGCUCGGCCACAUCGAUGAGGACUGUAUCACUGAGAUGGCUGUCAACAUGAAGCGAUCGAGGGAGAGCACCACUGCGCUGGUCAAGGAGUGGCGGUAUGACCAGACCUCAGCCAUCUACCUGCUGCUGCUGUCAAAGAAGCAGAGGGGCAAACCUGUCCGCAUGCGCCCUGAACCCACAGUGUGUGAGGACUCUCCUCUGCUCCAGGGACUACAGUCAAUGGAAGCUCUUCACUUGAGUGAGGAUGAAGAUGCCAUGAUUAUGGGUUCUCUGGACCUUUGCUCGGACUACAUUGAUGAUUGCCCAUGGGUUUCAGCCAAACAUUACACACCCCAGGGAGUCAGAGGUCAGCCAGAUGGAGCUGUAAACAAAGACACGAGACUGGCAUCCCCAGCGGUGGAGAAAAGGUACGCUUACAGUCCGACUCCAAAGAGGGGGCGGACAGCGGCACAGCACCGCCAGGAGAGAAGGGACAGAGACCAGGAACGAACCAGUGAGAACAAGGAGAAUAUGGCGGUGCAGCAGAAAGACGUUGAAUUAUUUGCGCUGCCUCCUCCUCGAACUCCCGUGUCCAGUAAGAAGAAUCCACGGCCCAACAAGAAUGUGUUGACCACACCUAAUAAAAAUGCUAACGUAGCCAAUGCAGACGCACCUAAAGGUGAAGGCAGUGCAUCUAAAGAGCACACUAAGAAGAGAGCAGAGUUCAAGGAGAUUGCAAACGUCGAACUACUGGCCUUCAGUCCUGAGCGAAGGUCUCGCUCAUUGGACAUGGCUGUGACAUCAGACAGCGGGAAGAAGAAUAGAGCAGGAAAGGUGUUUGGUUCCCUGGAGAGAGGUCUGGAUAAGAUGAUCACCAUGCUCACUCCCAGCAAGAGACGAGCCCUGCGUGACGGCCCGCGCAAGAUCAAGGCGCAGUACAACGUUACUCUGACCAGUCAGACCAACCCAGACCAAAUCCUGAACCAGAUCCUGUCCAUCCUGCCGGAGAAAAAUGUUGAUUUCACACAGAAAGGGUAUACCCUAAAGUGUCAAACCUGGGGCGACUUUGGUAAGGUUACCAUGGCGUUUGAGCUGGAGGUGUGCAUGCUGCAGAGGCCAGAGGUCGUGGUGGUCCGCCGCCAGAGGCUUAAGGGGGACGCCUGGGUCUACAAGCACCUUGUGGAGGACAUCCUUGCCACAUCCAGUAUCUAAAUAAUGCACUUUCCUGUCAAUAUCACUCCCAGUGUAAAUCAAUGGAUGCCUUUUUGUGUCCUACAAUAAAUGAUGUCUGAUUAGGAAUUGUAGCAGAGAUUCAGACUAAGAUCCGUGUCUUAACACAUUAAUGAUUAGUUCUUCAUUAUUCAUAGUGAAUAUUUGAAAUUGUCCUUAGGCCAGCCUGCCAUCCCCAGAGAACAUGUUACAUUAAAUGUAUGAGAAUUACAUGUCAGUAUGGCUGUUUCACUUUUUAAUUGUAAAGCUGAAUAGGAUCUCAGUCAGUCCUCUUGAGAUGAAUGUGUGAAAUGAAACAAUGUUAUUUACAGUAUACCUUCUGGCUGCUUAUUACCAUAUUUAUGUCUUGAUGUUGUUAUUCUUCCCUGUAGGUGUAAUUUCCUGUUAUUAAUGUACAUGUUUAAAAUUCUUCCAUCACUGCGUUUUACAUGGUUGUGUUGUCUGUCUUCUUUUAUUUCUCAUUGGUGCUUAUCCAGUUCUUACUGUCUGUCGCAUUGUGUGUGUAAGAUUUUGACUGACGAGGAGAAAAAUAAAUGGUUUCUAGUGGAUCUAA